AUGGCUACACAGAAAUUUUCUUCGUUUGGUGAUCUCUAUCCAGAGAUCCGAACAAUGAUAUGGGACUUUGCAACCCGUCCUCACGGCAUCCGCGGAGUGCAACACUUUUCAAUCUUCCCUUGCUACGGUGUUCCUGCAGACUUCGACGGACACAUCGCACCGAUAAUAGAGACGAGCCAAAUGGAAGUCGUGGGAGCUCCAUCGACGAUAGACAGCACGACAGGAAGCCCCUACAGCAACAACUCAACAUACACCAUCGACAGCGGGCUCUGGACUGCUUGCAGGGAGUCGAGAGCAGCGAUGUUUCGUCGGUACAGGCCUGAUGAGUGGACCGACUUUUACGAGGUUCAAAAGAAAAAGUACAGCCCAAAUCGCGAACCCGAUCGAAGCGUCGUUCACCUCAGUAGCACAUAUCACGACAUGCCCGCUACAUUCGAAAUGAACCACGGGGGGAAGAGCCAAUUCUUCACCGUCCUUCCCGCCACGGACCUUAUCUUCAUACACCUGACGUCGCUUCGGCAGAGAAUCUGGGAUCUGAGCAAACAACUUCCCUUCGCCUCCUGGAAACUUGGUUUCGGAGGCAUGUGCCACAUCGCCCUGGAAUUCGAUCCGUCGUGGAGCAUCGCUGAACUUAGGCAGUAUCAACGAGAGUGGGAGGGAGGCCAGCCUGAACUGAGCGUCGAGCGCUGGAAGGAAUACGACAUGCUGGUACAAACCAGUAGGACCGUUCCUGCCCGUGGCAACCGCAAGACGUUGUGGCUCGUGGAUCGUCGUCUGCGGAGAGAACAUCUAGCACCUACCACUGAUCAACUAGAAGCCAUAUUGAAGAUCGAAGCGGACGAAGAGCGUAUGAUUUUCCACGAAGGCCGCUGCAAGUACUUUGUUGCGCCGAUGUAUGAAACAUGGCUCUGGGCAUACGAGGACGAAGGAUCGGUAGAUAGUAGGCGCGAAACAGUAUGGAAGUUUGCAAACAGUCUGCAUUGGGUCGCCACUGUUCAAGCAAUGGGCAACAAUGAUCCUUGGAAUCUACCCCUGGGUGCCGUUCAACAAUGGGGGGUUUUGUUACGAUCGAGCUAA